AUGCCAGACUGGCAGGCGACUAUUGAGGAUGUGGCCAGGAGUGUAGUGUCUGUAUAUUUUCGCCGGCCCAAAUCAUUCGAUACAGAUGCAGCCGCGUCCUCACAGGCUACUGGGGUCCUUGUCGACGCCACGAAUGGACAUGUGGUUGGUGUUGGUCCGUUCCGAGGCUAUUGUGUCUUCAGCAAUUUUGAAAGGUGCGAUGCUACAGCUGUAUACCGGGAUCCUGUUCACGACUUUGGUUUCCUCAAGAUCGAUCCUACAGCCAUCAAACACAUGUCCCUCGAGCAGCUGAAACUCCGACCAGAAUCUGCGAAACCUGGAGUUGAAAUUAGGGUGGUGGGCAAUGAUGCUGGCGAGAAGUUGACUAUUCUCCAAGGAACCAUCAGUCGUGUCGAUCGGAACGCACCAGCAGCGACUGGCGCGACUGGUGGAAGUUCCGGGAGCCCUGUAGUUAACUUAACGGCCAUGUGGUUGCUCUACAAGCAGGGGGCCGCGUUGAUAAGGCGACUACAUCUUAUUUUUUGCCCCUUGAGCGGACAGAGCUUGGCCUCUCAAAGUUGGGAAGCUGUUGUUCGAAAAGCAGCCCCAGAGAACACUGGAAUGCUCGUGGCAAAUAUUGUGCUACCAGAAGGCCCUGGUGAUGGAAUGCUUCAGGAGGGUGAUGUUCUUGCCCAGGUCAACAACGAAAUGCUCACUGGAUUUGUACGACUUGAUGAAAUUCUGGAUUCAAAUGUGGGGAACGAUAUCCGGCUUCUUGUUCAACAAGGAGGCAAAGAUUUGGUGGUCUCAUGCACCGUGCAUGAUCUACACAAGAUCACCCCGUCUCGUUAUGUUUCUAUCGCCGAUGGUGCCAGUGUCGUUAUUUCUUAUCAACAGUUAAAUAACCCUCAUGACAUACUCACUGACUAUAUUUUCCUGGACCGCCACUGGCAUCCUCACCUGAUGCAUGCAGCAAGAAAUGAUGAGUCAGGACUGUGGGAAUUCACCAACAUCGCAGAGCCUAUUCCUGCGAGAGACCCUGUUCCCCAGAGCGCUGGUUUUGUUCGACCCGAUGGCACUAUGCUAGGGGCCACAACUCAUGGCCCGCCCCCGCAUAAACUUGUACAUGAGCCACGCACCGUGGUCGGCCAUGAUACCCCCGAUGUCCAUGGCUGA